AUGAACGUCAUUCGUCAGAUAUCUCGUUUGAGAUUCAACAAUAUCAUCUGCUCACGCUCAUGUCCGAGAUCCAGCAUCGCUUACUCUAUUUCUAGGGAAAAAGAAUCGAUCUCGUUAAAAAUUCGUAACUUGUCGACCACCUCUUCUAUUACAUCGAACGGACCUAUCAAAGUAGACCAAUCAUUAAACAAUCUAAUAAUCGAAUGGCCCAACAUAAAGACUCGAUACAGUUACAUCUGGCUUAGAGAUAAUUGUCAAUGCUCAGAAUGCUUGCAUCCUGACAACAAACAGAGACUCCAUUCGAGCGCUGAUGUUCCACUCGACAUCAAACCACUGUCAGUGACCACGACAGACAAUGGAAUUACAAUCGUUUGGGACAAGCUAUUACGGAAACAGAGCGAUGAUGAGUUAUUCCACCAAAGUACAUACGAGUUUUCAUUCUUAAAACAUUACUCUUCCAGAAAUGCGACAAUCUCGAAAAGACGCAAUGAUUUAACUCAAGUUGUGUGGGAUGGUGCUUUGAUGAAAGAGAAGAAUAUAUGGGUCGAUUGUCACGAGUAUAUGAAUUCAGACAAGACGUUGUUGGCUGUUUUGAAACAAUUGUGGUCGUAUGGAUUGGCAUUCCUGUAUAAUGUUCCUACUAGAGAUCAAGAGAUUGUAAAAAUAGUGACACGAAUAGGGUCUUUAAAGAACACGUUCUACGGUCCCACAUGGGAUGUAAAGUCUGUGCCUGGUGCCAAGAAUAUUGCGUAUACGAAUCUGGAAUUGGGUUUGCAUAUGGACUUGUUAUACACCGAAGCUCCUCCAGGUCUACAAUUUCUUCAUUGUCUGCAAAACACUGUGACAGGAGGUCAAAGCAUUUUUGCCGACUCUCUUGCUGCCGUAUAUAAUUUACGACAAAGACAUCCGCAAGCCUAUCAACUCCUCAAACAGACUCCACUUACUUUCCAUUAUGUAAACGAUGGCCAUCAUGUACACUUUAACCGACCAGCAAUAGUUGAAGAUUUACACAAUAACACAUUAACGUUGCAUCGAAGACCCUAG